AUGGCUCCCAACACUAUCACUACCGCUACCGCUACCGCUCAACAGAUUGCUGCCUCAAAGGCCAAGAAAGCCGCAGCAGCCACGGCCACGGCACCACAGGCUGGUGGAAGGGUUGUAUCCGGUGGGCAGGCCUCCAAGCCGCCCACGGCAGCACCCCUCAAUACCAGUCGGCCUCCCCAGGCAGCCUCAACGGCCACAUCAUCGAGAGCACCCGGCGAAGCUGCCCCAGCUCCUACCGCUGCGGCAGCCCAGACCAACAGGGCGUCGCCCGCUACUGCCAGUGGCUCUACGACGCUCCCGGUACACCCAGGACGGCCACUUGCAUCAACCCAAAUUACUCCAGGCCAAGGAGUUCCAGGUCAGAGGACUUCAAUCCCUGCCAACGGGAGGGCCUUUACAACAUCUGCUCCAUCCAAGUCUGAUGAGCCUCGUGGGUCAAAUGAGGACCCUCGGGACCUCGUGCCUCCCAGCGCACCACAGGUAAAAGAGAGCAAAGAUGGUCAAUUUUGGUAUAUGGACCAGCACAAGUGGCAACAGGGAUACAUGCCAAUUAAGAGAGGGUCCCUUUUCAAUUAG